CUCUACAGAAUAACUGCCCAGCAUCCUCUGCCCAACCAAUCAGAAUGUAGGAAAAUCUACAGAUAUGACGGAAUCUACUGUGAAUCUACCUACCAGAAUUUACAAGCAUUGAGAAAGGAGAAAUCCCGAGAUGCUGCUCGCUCCCGCCGGGGAAAAGAAAAUUUCGAGUUCUAUGAAUUGGCCAAGUUGUUGCCUCUUCCUGCAGCCAUCACUAGCCAGCUUGACAAGGCGUCCAUAAUUCGACUUACCAUUAGCUAUCUGAAAAUGAGGGACUUUGCUAACCAGGGGGACCCUCCGUGGAACUUGCGAAUGGAAGGCCCUCCCCCUAACACAUCAGUCAAAGUUAUAGGUGCACAACGAAGGAGAAGCCCCAGUGCCCUGGCCAUUGAAGUAUUUGAAGCACAUUUGGGAAGUCACAUUUUGCAGUCCCUGGAUGGCUUUGUAUUUGCACUAAAUCAAGAAGGAAAAUUUUUGUACAUUUCCGAAACAGUCUCCAUCUACCUAGGCCUCUCACAAGUGGAGCUGACAGGCAGCAGCGUCUUUGACUAUGUCCACCCCGGGGACCACGUGGAGAUGGCGGAGCAGCUGGGCAUGAAGCUCCCGCCCGGGCGGGGGCUCCUCUCGCAGGGCACCGCUGAGGAUGGAGCCAGCUCAGCAUCUUCCUCCUCCCAGUCGGAGACGCCCGAGCCAGUGGAGUCAACCAGCCCCAGUCUGCUAACCACUGACAACACCCUUGAGCGUUCCUUUUUCAUCCGAAUGAAAUCUACUCUGACCAAACGUGGCGUGCACAUCAAAUCAUCAGGAUAUAAGGUGAUUCACAUAACAGGCCGCCUACGACUGAGGGUGUCGCUGUCCCACGGGAGGACCGUCCCCAGCCAAAUCAUGGGUCUCGUGGUUGUGGCUCAUGCCUUGCCUCCCCCUACGAUCAAUGAAGUCAGAAUUGACUGCCAUAUGUUCGUCACUCGAGUGAAUAUGGACCUCAAUAUCAUUUACUGUGAAAAUAGGAUUAGUGAUUAUAUGGAUCUGACGCCUGUAGACAUUGUAGGGAAGAGAUGCUACCACUUCAUCCACGCAGAAGACGUCGAGGGCAUCAGGCACAGUCACCUGGACUUGCUGAAUAAGGGCCAGUGUGUGACGAAGUACUAUCGUUGGAUGCAGAAGAAUGGAGGCUAUAUUUGGAUACAGUCUAGUGCCACCAUAGCUAUUAAUGCCAAGAACGCCAAUGAGAAGAAUAUCAUCUGGGUGAAUUAUCUUCUUAGCAACCCCGAGUACAAGGACACGCCCAUGGACAUCGCGCAGCUCCCCCACCUGCCCGAGAAGACGUCAGAAUCCUCGGAGACCUCCGACUCCGAAUCAGACUCUAAAGACACCUCAGGUAUUACAGAGGACAACGAGAACUCCAAGUCGGACGAGAAGGGGAACCAGUCCGAGAACAGCGAAGACCCGGAGCCCGACCGGAAGAAGUCGGGCAACACGUGCGACAACGACAUGAACUGCAACGACGACGGCCACAGCUCCAGCAACCCGGACAGCCGCGACAGCGACGACAGCUUCGAGCACUCGGACUUCGAGCACCCCAAGGCGGGCGAGGCUGGCUUCGGCGCGCUCGCGCCCAUGCAGAUCAAGGUGGAGCGCUUCGUGGAGAGCGAGUCGGACCUGCGGCUGCAGAACUGCGAGUCGCUCACGUCCGACAGCGCCAAGGACUCGGACAGCGCGGGCGAGGCGGGCGCGCAGGCCUCCAGCAAGCACCAGAAGCGCAAGAAGCGGCGGAAACGGCAGAAGGGCGGCAGCGCCAGCCGCCGGCGCCUGUCCAGCGCCUCGAGCCCCGGCGGCCUGGACGCGGGCCUGGGGGAGCCCCCGCGGCUGCUGUCCUCCCCCAACAGUGCCUCGGUGCUCAAGAUCAAGACGGAGAUCUCGGAACCCAUCAACUUCGACAACGACAGCAGCAUCUGGAACUACCCGCCCAACCGGGAGAUCUCCAGGAACGAGUCUCCCUACAGCAUGACCAAGCCCCCCAGCUCCGAGCACUUCCCGUCCCCGCAGGGCGGCGGCGGCGGCGGCGGCGGCGGGGGGCUGCACGUGGCCAUCCCCGACUCGGUCCUCACCCCCCCAGGCGCCGACGGCGCCGCCGCCCGCAAGACUCAGUUCAGCGCCUCGGCCACCGCAGCCCUGGCCCCCGUCACCUCCGACCCGCUGUCGCCCCCCCUCUCGGCGUCCCCGCGGGACAAGCACCCCGGGAGCGGCGGCGGGGGCGGCCCCAGCGCGUCCAACUCCUUGCUGUACACUGGGGACUUGGAGGCGCUGCAGAGGUUGCAGGCGGGCAACGUCGUGCUGCCGCUGGUGCACAGGGUGACCGGGACCCUGGCGGCCACCAGCACGGCCGCGCAGAGGGUCUACACCACGGGCACCAUCCGCUACGCGCCCGCCGAGGUGACCCUGGCCAUGCAGAGCAACCUGCUGCCCAACGCGCACGCUGUUAACUUCGUGGACGUUAACAGCCCCGGCUUCGGCCUCGACCCCAAGACGCCCAUGGAGAUGCUCUACCACCACGUGCACCGGCUCAACAUGUCGGGACCGUUCGGCGGCGCCGUGAGCGCGGCCAGCCUGACGCAGAUGCCCGCCGGCAACGUGUUCACCACGGCCGAAGGACUCUUCUCCACGCUGCCCUUCCCCGUCUACAGCAACGGCAUCCACGCGGCACAGACACUGGAGCGCAAGGAGGACUGAGCGCCCCCAGCGCGGGGCGCUUCCGCUCGGGGGAGGCAUCGUCGGCGUUUUCGUUUAGACCUUUAAUUCUAGCACUUUGAAUUCCAGCAGGUCAGCGUCUUCUCUCCACACGACGGUCCCCGUUCCAUCCCCUCUUUCUUUAACUUGACUUAUUCUUUCCUGUAAAGAUAUGUUUAUUUUUUGCCUUCAGAGGGUCAGAGGACCAGUUGCCUGCCGUUUUGUCUUCUUCUGAGAUGUGUGUUGGGUUGUUUUGCUUUCCUUUGCAUCUUUAUUAAGAUGUCUUUAAUGUGUAUAUGCCUCUGCCAUAGAAUACUCAGUCUUGUGGUCAAGAGAUUGCUCAAGUGACAACCAUGGGGUUUUCUUCCUAAAGAUCUUGAUAUGAUCAAGAUUGAAAGAGACAAGCAUAAACAAUGUGCCCUGUUUGACUAAGUCAAAUGAAAUGGGGUGGUUUUUUUUGUUUUUGUUCCUAAUUCCUUUAAAAAAAAAAUAGGGGGAUAGUAUUUUAGAAUUUUAUGCAGAAUUUAAUUCUCUUUUUAUGGUUAAGAUUUUAAGAUUUUCUUACUUGCACAUAAAAAUAAUUUGGGUUCUUAAACUUAAUUUCUGGCCUGUGACUAGAAUGUUUUAAAAAAAAAAGUUGGACUAAAUGUUAAUUACUGAAACAUUAACUUAAUUUUUAAAACCAUGGUGCUAUCAUUUAUUAAUCUGUAUUGUCUUCAUACAAAAUGCAGCUCCUGGGCUGGGUUUUGGGGAAAACAAAAUGUGUUCUGUCCUGGUCUGGAGUCCGUUGCUGCAGUCUCCUUGGUUAGUUAAGACAAAGCCCUCAUUAACAUUUGCUGCAGGACUUAAAAUUUUUUACCUCCCAACUAACAAACAUAGCCUCACAUUAAAUUUAAUGGGUCAGUAAAGCCCUUUUUAAAGGGGCUUUUGGAAAACUCAAUCAAACUGAUUUGAGGAGGAGUUUAGGUACAUACUGUGUUUUGUUGAGCUUUUUUUGUUUGUUUUUUUUUCUUUUUCUCAGUCUAACUGAGGCUAAUUUUUGCAACUUCAAUAACACUUCGGAGUAAAAGAAGGAAAACAAUAUUUAACAUGUUUUCGACUUUUUUCAUUUCUUGCUAAAAAAGGAAGGCUGCAUUUUGGGGGACUGAUUUGAUUUGACGGAGUUUUGUUUUUUUAUUUUAUUCCCCCUUUGGUUCUCUUAUUUCUAGGUUGAAACCAAUAAGGUUUAAAACUAAAGAAUGGGUUAAUAAGCUUCAAACAGAUAACUACAACAGAAUACUGCACAUUAAGUAAAAAAAAAAAAGAAAAAGAAAAAGAAAAAAAUAUCCUAUUUUGUCUUUGUUGCCAGAAAUCAGUGUAGUGUCAGACACUCCAAAUGACUGUCAAGUAUAAAUUCUUCUUCCACUCCAUUUUUGGCAGCUGUUUGUUAAGGCAUCUAAUAACAGAUGUGAGAACUGUGAUGUGUGCAAUGUGUACGUGUCCUUGGCUGUUUCCAUCGCAGUUUCCAUGUGUGUUUCUAUAUGCAGUAUAUACUAAGCUAACGUAGUUGUUUUGUCUUUUGUCUUCUCUGUGCUCGAUCUCUAGUCCGGAGUGGUACAGUCCCAUUCCUGCAGUCCUAGUGAAUCAGUGAUUCUUGGGGGUUAGUGAUUUUUGUGUGGUGGCCUUCCUCUGUAAUGUCACCCUAUGCUGCUUCUACUGUCUGUGAACCUUCCGUUUCCCUUUUUAAAAUUCCUGCUGUUGCUUUGCUGAUGUAUAUUCUCCCGACCUCUCCUUUCUUUCCCACCCCCUCUCGCCUCCCCUUUUCCCACCUCAUCUCUCCUUCCCCCGCUUCUCCAAAAUCUUUUUCAUUCUCAGAGAUAAAAAGACUCUUAACUAGCUCAAGGUUAAUGGAGCCAUGUUUCCCACAAUGGAAUUCUGGGUAUGACUCUUUCUUCUGGAGUGCGACGCAAGCACUGAAGAAGAAUGCUCAGAUCUAGUCAAUAAAUUGAUGCCAUAUCGCCUCAAUGGUUCACAUUCCCAGAGUCCCUUGUGCUCUACCUAAAAGCAGUGGGUGCUUUUCUUUGGUUUCCUUCCAGGUUGGCUGAUGGAGCAAUAUGUAAAGCAAUUACCAGUGAGACAGAAAAUUAUUUCAAAGGUCAACCAACAUUUUUUAAAAACAGAAGGGGAUGGGGUAAUGGAAUAUAGAAUUGUCAUAUAUAUUUGUUUAUACGUGCAAUGCUAAUCUAGUAACUGUCCUUUGAAUAUCACUGUGUUGAGUGGAUUCCUCUAGGACCUUUGAUUCCAUGAGUUGGACCCAAACCACUGUGGAAUACUAACAAAAAGAAGUUAAAUGCCACAAAUGUUAGUAGUGAGCUUACUUGAAGGAUUUAAGUAGGUUUAGAAGGUGAAGAAGGCCAAUCAAGAAAUUUAAAGAUUAAUUUUGGAAGCUCUACUCUAGCUAUUGAACAAUCAAAGGAAUGCACCUAUCAGCUACAAAGAACAGCUAGACAGCUGUUUUUUUUUUCUUUUAUAAAUGUUUCUGUGUUGUGUCAAAAUGAUUUCUGGUGAUUUAAACUAACAGAUAAUCACAGCUGCUGUCUA